ACGUUGGGGAGGAAAGUCGUGUCGCUUGGCGUGGGGCGGUUCGUAACACAUGGCUCUUCAUUUCUCGUGCUUUUUUCCCCAUGAGGCGUCACCGUUUCCACUGUGAAUAUUUGGGUACGAUAAUUAGAUUCCGUAAACGCUAGUGUUUGUAAACAACUCACAGAAGACAUGCCAAGGAACAGAUAUUAAUGCUUUUAAAAGACGAUCAGCUGACUGGAUAAAGCAUGACUAGCGGAAGCCUUGGUCAGUGCAGGACCUUAUAAGCGGGUGCGAGGCAGAACGUCAGAUGCCAUGGUGUAGGACGCGGGUGUGAAGGAGGAACCGGAUAAUCACUGAGAGGGGGAAGAAGAGAAGGAGGAAGAGAAAGAAAAGGAGGAAGAGGAGUAGGAAGAAGAGGAGGAGGAAGAAGAGGAAGAGGAGGAGGAGAACCGCUGCAUGUCUCACGGCGGGCGCUGGGCCAUGCCUGGACGGAAGCCGCGGGAGGAGGACAGCGACGCCUCCUACGGCGCCUACGAGAACGUCAGCUUCACCAGGGCGCCGGCGGAGGCUGACGGCUACGGCGAUGGCGGACGCAGAGGGCGCGGCAGGAGGAGCGAGAGGGAUGACGAGUACUCGACGUCGCCCUCGAGAAGGAGCUCGUCCUCGACCAAGCCGCCUUCAGGAUCGAGGAUGGGCUCGAUAUCCAGCGAUAACACUUCGCCCACACUGCCCAUGACUCCGAACACGGAGAGGAGAUUGCGAGAGCGGUCCCUGGUGGAGGUUCGGCAGCAGCUGACGGACGCCACGAACGUCGCCGGCCGCGCCCUGGCUGCCGGCGCGAAGAAGGGCCUGCAGACUUUGAUGCAGCCGAUGGAGCCGACGGAAUUCGGCUGGUUCGACGCCCUCACGGCUCUCAUCUCCGUCGGGAUGUUCUACUUCGACGUCGUGUCCGAUUCGCUCCUCGCCUACUCCAUGUACAGCGACCCGUCCACGCAGAACUGGUUCCUGUCCACGGUGCUCCUGCUGGUAAUCCCCCUGGUGGUCGUCAACGGGUUCAGCGUCUACUGGUACUGGUUCGACGAGAAGGUGUGUGAACCGGAGGGCAUGUGCUACAAAACGCCCAAGGUGUCGCCGGGCGUGUGGGCGUUCAGGAUCAUCUCGCAUAUCCUUCUGCAGGCGAAUGUGCUCAGGUACAUGGAUUUGCUCUACUACGGCUACAAGAGUCGGCGGAAGGGGCAGGUGUGCACGGAGGUGAGGGCGGGACCAGAACACCCGGAUAAGUUCUCUCUGGCGGCGGACAGAUUCAAGCACAAACAGGGCCUCGCAAACGCACAGUCAACGGGAGGCCACAACUACCACAAGCUGUGGAUCCACGCUGAGAGGGACGCGGCCAACGUGGACCUGCUGGCGUCGCUCCUGCAGGACGCGCCUCAGCUGAUCCUGCAGCUGUAUAUCAUGGCCCAAACUAUACCUGCUCAGGCGCUGCAAGGGGAGAUCAGCCAGACUUUAAUGUUCCAGAUCCUCUCCGUCGCCGCGUCGCUGGUGGCCAUGUCCUGGUCGGUGUCCUCCUUCUCGAGGUCGACCCGCCUCUCGGAACCGACAUUGGGCAACCUCAGUCCCGCGGGGCUGCUCGUCCUCACCCUCGGCCACUUCUGCUCCAUCGCCCCGCAGGUUUUGUGUUUUGCUCUGUUCUCCACCAAAUACAUGAUCAUAUUUGUGGUGGUGAUAUCCUGCCACUGGCUGGCUGCCAGCUUCUUUGUCAUUGUUCAGGUCGUGUGUUGUUCGAACCCCGUCCGCCUGGGGGCAACCUUCACUCACGACGUCCGGAAAGGCCCCUGCAGCCGCGUGGACGAUGUCGCCUUCAGUGCCUCCUUCGGGCUGGUUCUCCUCUACACGUUCAUUGACGUCGGAGGAUCUGCGCCCAAGAUCCAGGGCUCCGUGUUCCACUUCCUCAGACUCGUCGAAGAGGCCUGCAUGAUCACGUUCUGGUACUUGGCAACCGACCAGGACAUGUGGUACCACUGGGUCCCCCUCGCCAUGGUCCCCGGGUUCUUCGUCGUGGGUGUCCUCCUCGUCUGCAUCUACUACUUCUGCACCCACCCAGACCGCCGGAACAGGAGUCUUACGGUCUGACAGUAGGAGGAGGAGGUCCUUAGAAUGUUAGAAUCAGGUAGAACUAGUCACCCACAAAGAGAUUCUGGUUAAUCUCAAUAAAACUUGCUUCACGGAUGUUUAAAGGAAUGUUGGGUUGAUGCUAAGAUUAUUAAAAGGAAUGUUGAGUUGAUUACUAAAAGCGAAUGGAGGAUUUGUGCUCGUGUGCGAAAUCUCAAAUUGUGAAAGGCAAAUGUGCAAGAAUUAAGACGAAAAAUCACAGUGACAAUACAUUAUUUUAAAGGUUUCUUGUCCGUGAUUACAAUAAACACAAUUUACAAAUAAAUAUGUUAUUUACGGGAAAAUGUGAUAUAUAUGUACUUAUUUUCUUCUUGUUGGCUUCAGGAUUUUAUCCUUUGCCAAAUACUCUUAAGCCUUAAGGUAUUAUUAAGGACUUCUUCAGUAUUUUCGAAGGACCUGUAUUAGUAUAGGGAAUUUGCUAAAUAUUUUGAUACGAUUAUGAUAUUUGAUAUACCGAGGUAUUCAGACCAAACACCACUUGUAUUUAGACUGCCUUUCCUUUUAUAAUGUUAUAUUGGUCAGCAGAAUACAGUGUACAUGUAGAAGUCUAGAAAAGGGUGGCACGACAACUUUUGCAGUUUUUUGUCUUUUUCAUGUGAACUUUUGUGAUGAAAUAAAUAUUUUGUUGUGUUUA